GCAGAGUGUGAUGCCAUGAGCGAGACAACGUCCAUCCUCUGCUGACAACCAUGAGCAACCGACUGAUUCCUGCUGUAAUGAACCGUCUGAAAAGGACUUUUAAGGGACUCGCCGGUAGAUUCACGCAGUCAAGAUGCGUUAUUUGACCAAAUCUCUGAUUUUAUUUCUAUGUUUUGCCAUUACCGGGGAAUGUUAUAAGCACGGUCACCGGGUGCGAAGGUGGGCCGGUACUGGGGAGACCCCAAAGCAUGGCACCUCCUUGUCAAAGAAGCCUCCAGAUGUGACGAAAUCUCGCAAAAUGAAGACAGAACACCUGCUCAAAGUAGAUGACCAUGACUUCACCAUGAGGCCAGCAUUUGGAGGUCCUGCAAUCCCUGUUGGAGUGGAUGUUCAGGUGGAGAGCUUGGACAGCAUCUCUGAAGUUGAUAUGGACUUCACCAUGACCUUGUAUCUGAGACAUUACUGGAAGGAUGAGCGUCUGUCCUUCACCAGCAGCACCAACAAGAGUAUGACGUUUGAUGGCCGUUUGGUGAAGAAAAUUUGGGUCCCUGACGUCUUCUUUGUCCACUCUAAGAGAUCCUUUAUCCACGAUACAACUACUGACAAUAUCAUGCUCCGGGUCUUUCCUGAUGGACAUGUGCUUUACAGCCUGAGAGUAACAGUAACAGCUGCCUGUAACAUGGACUUCAGUCGCUUUCCUCUGGAUUCUCAAAGCUGUUCACUGGAGCUGGAGAGUUAUGCUUACACAGAUGAAGACUUGAUGCUGUACUGGAAGAGCGGAGAUGAGUCCCUCAGCAUUGAUGAUCGUAUCUCCUUAUCACAGUUUCUUAUUCAGAAGUUUCAUACCACAUCUCGCUUGGCCUUCUAUAGCAGCACAGGCAUCACCACGGUGUUGACCAUGUCCACCAUCAUUACUGGAGUGAAUGCCUCCAUGCCCAGGGUCUCCUACAUCAAAGCUGUGGACAUUUACCUCUGGGUCAGCUUUGUCUUUGUCUUCUUGUCUGUGUUGGAAUACGCUGCUGUCAACUACCUGUCCACUGUCCAGGACCGUCGAGAGCGCAAAAUGAGAGAGAGAGUGCGGUCUCAGAGCUGCAACAGCAUUCUGAGGGAGACUGGGGACAUUGAGUCCAAAUGGACCGUGUUCAGCAUCUCCAUUGAAGCUGCUGCAUUGAGCUGCGGCCGCAAAGUGGUUGGUGCCUGUCGUGGUGGUAACCCCUGA